UGCCUGGUAGAAACUUGCUACUUUUGUCGUGGUGCGGAGAUCUUCGCAGUCGUUCAUCGUGUGUGUUUUGUAAAUAAUGGCUAUCUCUGUUCGUUUUUGUCUUCGAACUAUAAAUACAGAUGGCAAACUACAGUUUCGACGGGUAUUUAAAAAGUUGGAAAGUAUGUACAAUUCAUUCCUACAACAAAAAUCGCCUUUCUGUACCACUGGAAGAUUAGGCAGGUGAGUCCAUCAAGACGCUUAAGUAAUAAUAUUAUUACAGUUUUUUUGUACUCGUACUUCACAGGAAAAGAAAGUCAAAAAUCGCUAAGGUUAGUGUAAAAGAGAAGCAGACAUCAAUUUACCAUGGUCUAUUCCCUAUAGAAAGUCAAAGUGGUCUAAACGUUGCAGUCAAACUAUUUUGGCUGCGGCUCGUGUCUCGUGUCCCCUUGAGUUUUUAACUUUUUUGACGUCAUUCCUAUGUUUUUUUUAGAGAAUAGAACAUAAAAAAUAUAUUUCUGUUUGUUUUAAUACGAUAAUUUUUUUUGGAAAAAUAUUGCACACGAGAGACAGGGAAAAUUAAAACAAAUUUAACCAUCAUCACGUUAUUUUUUGUGAUCAUUAUGGACCACUACGGCUCUCGGACAAUCAGCAUACAAGAAAUCGCUCAGAUAUUGUAAAAAAUGUCUUGGUUUUGUGAAAUCACGCCCACAUAAGACUGUUCGGGCAUAAAUGCUAUGAUUAUUGUUAUUUGUUAAGCUACACCUUCACAAUAUAUACCCCUUAUAUUUUUGUCAAUCAGGGGCCGGUUGCUCGAAGCUUGGUUAGCGCUAACCGUUGGUUAAGAGGUAUCAAAAUGUAUAGGUUUCCAUGGUAUUUAACGCUGGUUAGCACUAACCACGCUUCGAGCAACCCGGGCCAGGUAGUUAAAAUGCAGUGGUAUAGCCUGUGCUCUUUGCAGCUUUUGACUGAAGAAAGUUCUUUUCCAAGUAGUUCAUGUAAAAGUAAAAAUAAAGUACCAGCAGAAACUCACAAGUGGUUGAAACAUGUAACUCGCAUUCGAUGCUUGUGAAUAUUCACUUUUACCAUAUUUGGAAACCUGAGUGACAGAUAUCAAUUUCCAACAAAAUGGCUGCCGUGCGAUCACCAUGCAGAUGUUUUAAGAUGAGAGUUCUGCAUUUCAGGGUUAAAAAUACACCGUUAAAAGACAAAAAAUGGAAAGAGAUAGUUCAAAAGAAUGCUCAGCUUUCUUUUUGUGGAAGAAGGGAAGCUUUUCAUCAAGAAAUCGUCCUUCAAGGAAUUCAUCCUUGUUUUCUUCAUGACGGAGCACAUGGUCCCGGGGGGGGACUCCCAUAUGAAACAGAUGGGGAUGCUCGUCGUCUCGCUUAGGGGUGUAAAUUUUGGAUUUUGGUCUCGCUUAGGGUGUUCCGGGCAAAGCGCCAAUAUUUUAAGCCGCCAAGGUCUCGUUUAGGGUUCUGCGAAGAAACACAGAAUUAUGCGAAGAGAAACAGAAGUCAAUUUUCUUUUUAACUUUGUUUGUUAUGUCUUUAUAUCAUUAAAACUCAUUGCAUGUCGUCUUUGUGUGUUUUUAAGCGGUCUCUUUUAGGGGUGAAAAUUUGCUUAAGCCAUGCCCAGAUUGGUCUCCUUUAGGGGUCACAAAAAGCUUAAGUCACGCCCAGACGGUCUCCUUUAGGGGUUAAAUUCAAAAUUUCCGACGAGCAUCCCCGUCUGUUUCAUAUGGGAGUCCCCCCCCCGGGCACAUGGUCUCUUUUGAAAUGCAACGAAUGCAGUGAAGUUUUUGCUGAAUUUUUAGGUACAUUUUGCACUCUAUGGCCAAGACAAUUAUGUUUUUGAAAGGAAAUUUAUGUAUUUUUAAAUGUUUCAUAGACGUUUUAUAAAUUUUUCUCUGGAUGGAUUUUGUGUUGAAUUUUGCCAUGUGCUCAGCUGAUUUCACUUGCGUGAACGGAUCCACGAUCCAGAUAGUGUUUUCCAAAUUGCUUUAAAGGAUUAACUUUUUGGAUAUUGAAUAAAAAUUUUCAAGAAAUGGCUUCUCCGUCUAUUGUUUUGAGUUUGUUCAUUUAUGAAAUUAGCUCAAAACAUGAUUGUGCAUCCAAGCUAAAUUUAAGCUUAAAUGCUGCUCACAUUCAUUACAUGCAUCUCUUUUCGGUACACAGCUAAUGAAUUUUAUUCGAAAAUGUUUGUUACUGUUUAUUCUACACUUUUAAUGUAAGAAUUUUAAAAACCUAUUUGCAGUAUAAGUUUUCUGUGGAGAGGGUCAAUGAGGUAUCGUUUUUUGAAGUGACAACUUCAAGAAGUUGCAAGGACGUCAAAAGGUUUCACAAUGUUACGUUUGGCCAGGGUGGAAAGGCAAUAAUAUCCUUCUCAGUGUUUCGGUACGAUCAUUCCUGGUUUCAACCUUUGAAAACUUUCUUGGCUUUCGGGAGUUUUUCCCCCGUUUGUCGGCCAUUUUUUUAAGCGGGCGUGGGAACCUGAAGUAAAAUUACGUCACAUUGUUUAUGAAGUUUGAUUGGUCAGUUAUCUCUUCUUCUCGUUCCAAAUAUGGUACUUUCAAAAAUGAACAAUCACGAGGGUCGGACAGAGCAAACAUAUGAGAGUUACAUGUUUCAACCCCUUAUGAGUUUCUGGUACCAGUCAAUUUCAAAACUGCCCAUGCCCCCAACCCUACCCCAUCCCUCUCCCUCCCCCCCACCAAGCCAAAAAAUUUCCCUUUAUGUUCACUUGGCAGUUUAAAUGGUCAAAUGUCCCACUGAAUAGCGCUUCAAAAAGUGUCAAAUCCCUCACCCACCAGUGACAAUGCAAAAGUUUUCCCAUGCGUUCAAACAACCGUUUAUUCAAAUGUAAAUACAGUGAAACCUGAUUAAGCGCACACCUUCAGGACCUUCCCAAGGGUCCACUUAUUAGAGGGUGUUCACUUGAUAGAGGUUUGUGAAAAUCGCACAAUGUUUGUUAACGAUUAAUUUUCAACAGUUACUCCGUACUGUGAUAAAGUUUCACAUUGUUAAGGGAGCUAAGGAAGCUGUGCUGUACUUUGUGCAAGACUUUUAGAUGAACUUUUGACAGCUAAAUGUAUUGCUUUAUCUUUAUUAAUCGACUACAGUACAUAUUUCAAGGACAUAAUCAAAUACUACUAUUGUCAAUUCAGUCCUGUGUCUGCUUAACAGAGAUUUUCAAUAAAAAAAAGGAAUUAGCAUAGGAAUUAGCCAAAUACAAGUUCUUUUAGUAUCCGCACCCACUUAAUAGAGGUGUCCGCUGAACAGGGGUUCGUUAUAAAGGGAAAUAUAAGAUGUUAGUUUCGGGACCUUGCUUAAUGUCCGCUUACUAGAGCCUUGUUCGCUUAAUUGGGGGUCUGCUUAAUAGAGGAUUCACUGUAUUCUACUAAUCACUACCAAAAUAUCUUAAGUCUCAGAAAGCUGUCUUAAAGAGGUUAGUUCAUUUCAAUAAAAUUGUUCAUUCCAUUUUUAUGGCAUAUCAGCUUUCAUAGAAGGAACUGUUCUUUCCCUGAUGCAAAACCUGUAAUUGCUGAAUUCAUUGUAGUUAAUAUAAAUAUAGAAACUCUAAAGAUCUCAUCAUUUGCAAUACAGUUGAAACUCUCCUUGUGACCACUGUCAUAAGCAACCAGCUCUAAAGAACUGUGACUCAAACUUUGUAAAAAAAGUGCCCGCAACCACUGAUUGGGAUUACCCAGCUGGACUUUUCCUUUGUUUUUUAGCUCUCAUAAGCAACCACUCAGUCUUGAUUCAUAUAAAUCAAUGAUACUGCACACUGCGCUAAUGGUUUGUUGAUUAAGAUCUUGUACAGUGCUGUGUUGUAUUUGUAAAAGUUUACGGUCAUUUCCAUAGUGACCAUUCUGCUUGCAUGGCAAAGACCACUCACAGAGCCUAUCGCCAACAUGAACACCUCUUCAAUUUGUGUAGAGACACUCAUUAAUUUAAACAUUAUUUCUUUAAUUGACAACCCUCUAUUGUUUUACCAUGCAGUCACUUAGGACAAACCUCCAAGUUAAAGUGUUUGCCUUUGCAAAAUGGUGACCAAUUCUUUUGGUUUUUUAGGUAGACUUUUUUCCAAAUCAGGUUGUCAGCUUCAAAAUUUUAGGCACCAUGGUGACUAAAAUGGUUGCAACUUAGAGGUUUGUUAGGAGUUGAGCUCAUUCUUGUAAGCAACCAGCUCUAGUUACGACCACUUUUUUGAUUUUAUGCGGUGGUCGCUUAUAAGAGCUUUGACUAUAUAUAUUGUUUUGACAGUGAAUCACAAAGAGAUGCAAUAUACCAUGUUUUCAAGAAUGAAGAUGGCAAAGUACCAGUGGCCAGAUUUAUUGCAGUAAGGGAAAAAUCAAAAUUGUUAAUCAGUUAUCAGUGAUAAUCAUUCUAAGUAUGUAAGUAUGCAGUGCAGCCACAUUUUAACUGUUUGGAGGUCUGGUUGGUUGUGAAGGUUGUCUAUUGGCAGAAUAGUAAAUAUUAAUAUCAUGUACUGUGGCUUGAUUGCCAGAGAUCAAAUUCUAAAUCUUUCAACAAAAGCUAAGUUGGUGCUAGAUCAACCUGUAUACCAACGUGUUUAAAUCUGAAGGUGGUAGACACUCUCUUCAGUACAGAGGGCCUCAUAUGCAAAACUUUAUAAAAGCAAAGUUACUGCACUUUUAAAAAACACAUGAAUUCUGAAGUUCAAAAGCCAACUGACAGUUGCGGUUUUUGGUGCCGUCUAUCACCUUAGGAAACAGAAGUUUGCUUCAACGAUUUGUGAUUGGUGGACCUAAAUCCAUUUGUGUGUUUCUCUGUUUCAGGGUUCAUUGAUUCUGAUUGUAUUUUUAUUCUACUGUGAUUGAUGGUAGCAAAAAAUGCAUUCAUUUUGUAAAGGUGGCCUUUGAAUUUCAGAGUUUGCAUGUUUUUGAAAAUCGCAGUAACUUCUCUGGAGUCUAUUGGUAUAUUAAAAUUAAUAAAUUAGCCAAAUAAUUUCUGGUGCCUUGAAAAAAAUCUGAUAAAAGUUUUCAUCCAUGAAUUUAAGAUAAAUGAAUAUUAUAAUUAUUUAGGCUUUAAAAGAAACUGGUUUGAGAGUGAGAGAUCCAAGACUGAAGGAGACAAUGAGCAAAUUUGAACAGUAUUUACAGCAAGAGAAUUUUGAAGGAUAUGUUGACAAAGAGACAUUCAGAAGGUAAAUGCAUUGUUUUGAUCAUGACACAGCCAAGGAAAACAACUGAAGGAUGUAACUGAAGAAACAUCACUAUCCUGCUCUAGAGAUAAUUAUGGAAAUUGAAGUUUGCUCAAUUCUUGGUGAAAGAAGCAUAUCCUUCUUUAAUCUUUUAUCAACAUUAUUGCCUGUAGUAAGCUAGAUCUGGAAACGGGCAGUCAGUCUUGCACCUGAGUGCUCAUAGCAUUGACUGCAAAGGUGAAAAUACAAAAAUUAAACACUUAGGUUUACAAUUAAUUAAUUGCCACAUUCAGUAUAAAAAAAACAAUAAUUUACUUGAAAGUAAUGUUCUCAGUGUCUUAUAAGGUCACAGUAAAGUGAAAGUUAGGGACUUGUCAGAAAUUAGCAGGGGGGACGGGGGUGGAAACAGAGGGAGGGUCACAACUUUUUGAGACUCAGAAAAGGGAGGGGUCAUGAAAAAUGGGCCGUUAAAAGGGGGAGAGUCUUGCAAAUAAUAUGCCCGUGAUCAUGUAGAGGCUCACCCACAGAAGAAAAAGGAAGUUCUUUUUUUUGGUAAAAAAACUUGGGAGAAAUAGGAGAGUCAAGUGAUCAGCUGUCAAAAUGAGAGUCGGACUCUUAAUGCUGUCAUCUAAAAUGUACGUAUGUAGCAUUACAAAGAACAGAUUAGAAAUAUAUUUUGAGUUUUCAUAAUACUGACUCACCCAGGUGUAUUGCAAGAACUAGAUUUUAUCAUUUACACAAGAGGGGGAGGGUGAUGAUAUUUUAGGCCAAGCUCAAGGGGAGGGUUAGCAAAUUUCACUCCCAUUGCAGGGAUGGGUCACUGCAUUUCCGAACCCAAAUUUAAAGUUCCCACCCCGCCCUCCCCUCUGCUAAUUUCUGACAAGUCCCUUUAGUCUUUUAUUGUUAAUGAUGUAAUAACUCAGGAUUGGUGAUGUAUCAAAAUUUCAGAUCCAUUCAGGAAAAUAUAAUGCUUAUUGAGGGUGCCCUUCAUGGGGAUUUUGUGAUUCCAGAGUUUGGUCAAUUCACCAAGCAUUUAGAGGAAAUAUAUCACCACUGUAAAGGAAAUGCUGAAGGGAAGGUUGGUAUGAAUGAUCUGGUGAAAGUUAAAAUGUAUAUUUCCUACUAUCACACAAGCAACAGGCAGAUGUAUAUGACCACUCUGCCAUGUGAGAUAUGGAAAACUUCACUCAUGGAGAGAGACAACUACAAGACAGGCCAAUCUUUUAAUUUUAUAGUAGACAACAACAAGAAAGUGAGAAUGACAGAGGAAGCAAGACAAGCACUUUGGCUUGCUUUACAGCUUAUGAACAAGACAUGUACUGUCUUGCUACUGUCCAAGCUGGGAUCUGACUAGAUUUGACCAUGAAAAUGGGCAAGAGACAAAGAUAGAAAAGAAAUAAAAUUAUGUAACUUUCAAUGCUUUUUUUUCUCCAUGCUGAACAUUACAGUGACACUGAAAAGGGUGAUUUUUUGCUUUGAAAGAUCCUUUCUCACUUUCCUGUAAGACGUCCUGAUUUUUUCCUACAUUAUGUCAUCUGCAAAGCAAUUUUAUCCCAAGUGCCAAAUUUUUCAGUGGCCAUUGAAUCUCUGUAAGUACAUGUAUCCCAAAUGAACUGAUCAGUCCAUAGCUAGCAGGGGAGCAAGGGGGGCAGCUGCCCCCCCCCCCCCCCCCCCCCCCCCCCGUGACACAAACACAAAAAAAACCAUGUGGGGGGGGUUUUGUUUUUUUUACAAUUUUGUUUUUUAUUAUUAAGAGGCUGGUUCCUUCUUUAUCUUUUUUGUGUGUAAUUUGUUAGUGGUAUCUCUGAUCAGUUACAUGAAAGGAGAACAUAUUGUGUUUCCAGUACUACAAAUUUUUUUGUUGUGGGUGUCCACGAUUUUUUACCACAUUUUGUCUUCUGAAAAAAAAUUUUUUCCCAGAGUCCAAAUUUUUUAGUGGCAAUUGAAUCUCUGUAAAGAAAUGUACCCCAAAUGAACCGACCCGCCCAUAACUAGCGGGGGGGCAAGGGGGGCCGCUGCCCCCCCCCCCCCCUGGACCUGUUAAGCCAGACACAUCAAGUCUGUGGAUGGAGUUGUUUUUGCUAGACUCAGUUAUUUUGGUUAUAGAGACUUGCAAUUGUUUGCCAUUUUCACAUUUGAGGUCGAUUAUUCGGAGACAUAUCUCAUGACAAGUGCUGAAAAUAGCAUUUUGGAGCUUCCAAAUUUGAAAAUUUUCUUGGUGAGGAUACCCCCAGUCCCCUCUACAAGGCUCUUGCUUUUCAGUGCUCAAACUAAUGCCCCCCCGCCGUUACAGAAAACCUAGUUACCGCCCAGGGUGUGCCAUAGCCGGUUAAAUAAUAGCUACAGUCAACGCUCUCAUAAUUAACAUACACCACUCAAAGACGGACACCUACAUGUAGUGCUGGUCCUUGCUGUUUUUCAGCUAUUUUAUGGUAACUUUGCUCUCUAUAAAACCGACAAUGGAUACUUGAGAAGUGCUGUAUGCAGGGAGAAAUAACUCCAAAUAGAAACGUGGGUGCUGGACAUGGUAGUUACGUAGUUGCAAAAUUUUUGAUAUUAAUUUUUGGAGUCUUUCCAGUUGUCUGAGUUUUUACUGCCACUCUUUUAGAUCAUGAAUUAAACCAUGAAUGUUCACUUGCAUUGAUUGUUUGAUUGCACAAUAAGAAAAUAAUAUAUUUUAUUCCACUUUUUGGUUACAAUGCUCCAGUUUAAACUGUCUUGCAUAAAUGAAACACGCAUGUAUUCAUUGUGAAUGGGUGCAGCGUAAGUCUCACUGUUGUCACGUCACCUCCACCCUCUAUAAGCCAGACCAGAAACUUCUCUAGUAAGACAGUUGAAGCUGGUCCCGACAGUAUCCAUCUUAGAGAGAAAUGACUGUACAGCUAAAAGUAUUCAUUUAUCUUUUAAAGUUUUUAUAUUUUGUUUUUAUUAUCUUUCUAUAUCAAGGUGGCUGAUUACAUUCCUCAACUGGCAAAGUUUGACCCUAAUCUGUGGGGCGUGGCAGUUUGUUCUGUUGAUGGGCAGAGGUAAGCAAGGCCUGGUUCAAAUGUUGCCUUUUAAAAUGUUCUGAUCAGAAUUUCAUAUUAAUGUGGAAAAUAUCUUCUUCCUGCUCAUUUGCAUUACUUUUAGAAUGUUAAAAAAUUAUUAAAGAAAUUCCUAAAAAAGAAUCAGAAAUUUGAAAAUAAGAAUGUUUUCUUAACGUCAUUUUCUUUCUUACUAAUUUUAGAUCUGGCCAUGUUAUUAGUUUUGUUCAAAGCCAUUCCUCAAACUUUAUUGAUCAUGAGGUCGUAAAAUAUAGUGCCACUUUCUCAUCAUAAAAAGAUUUUGGUUUUUUUUUUUUAUGGUAGAAACUUGACUUUAUCAGUUCACAAUUGAUGAUUUUUUUUUUAAAUUUCACUCCCGCCAACCCCCUCCACAGUUUCUUUUAAAACUAACCCCUUCAUGCUGAAUGUUUAACUACCCUGGCAAUUGCUUUUAAAUGUUAACAUGAUUAAAAACCAUCCUCAUACAAUCUUUGCGACACUACAUUCACAGGAAAAAAUAACGGAUUCCUGUUUUGGGAUAUUUUUGGGUAUUUAAAGAAUACCCACAAAAAUCCCAAAUUUGGAAGAGUGAGACAAGUCCGAAUCUGGGAACUUGGUUGGGAAUUCCCUGGUUGGGACUUGUCUCACUUUGCCAAAUUUGGGAUUUUUAUGGGUAUUCUUUAAAUACCCAAAAAUAUCCAAAAAUGGGAAUCCGUUAUUUUUUCCUGUGAUUCAUUGCCAGAUUUGCUAUUGGAGACUACAAGGAUCACUUCUGCCUUCAGUCUGUAUCCAAAUGCCUUCAUUAUCCUAUUGUUUUAGAGGACCUGACCACAAAAGUAGUAAGUAUGAGGAGAAUCAGGGAAAAGAGUAAUGAACUAAAGACGAGUUGCAGUCAAACCUCCCUUAAGUGGCCAAAAAUGCAAAGAGUUAUUGGUUGUUUAAGGGGGUGGUCACCUACAAAGGGUCAAAAUGCAGGAGGUUUUUUAUGAGGAGAAGUCCCGGGGGGGGGAUACUUUAGGAAUUUCUGGGUAGGGUUGUGCUGCUGGGACCCUGGAACCCUUAACCUAUACCAGAGCUAGUUUCGCUGAAUUUUGCUACCCUAUACUAGAGUAAACUCCCCAAAUCCCCCCUAUCCUAGAGUAGCUGUUUUCCAGAAACUACUGAGGUCACUAGCACAGUCUAGCCAAACAAAGCCUUAUACCACAAUCCUUAGUCUAGAUAAAAUCUGCAACCAACUGAUCAGUUUCCUGAAAAAUGAUACCCUAUUCUAGACCCAAAUGCUCCGAUUUACAUACCCUAUCCUAGAGUAAACUGCUUGAAAACCAUACCCUUCACAGCGGCACAUACCUAUAUCGCCCAUAUAUGGCAGUAAUCCCCCUCCCCCCCAGCGUGGGAGAAGUCCAGACACAUCUAUUUUUGGAGAGAAUGUAUUACGUGCUAUUUUUGGAUCAAUUUAGGUUUUUAGGAAACUGCCCACCUACCCUUUCCCUAAGUCAUCAGUUUGCCCUAAGUGAGAAGUAAGGUUAGUGUUAAUGUUAGCUUAGGGAAGGGGUAGGUGGGCAGUUUUCAAGAAACCUAGUAAAUGUAUUUGUUUUUACUAGUUCUUUUCAUACUGUCAUACUCUGAGUAGUGUGGUACGUACAGCAAACACAAUGGUCAGACGAUUGUAUCAGGUGUCCGCUUAGAAGAGGUUAAAACCAUAAUCCUAAAAAAGUGGUCACAGUGUGUUGUUACAAAAGGUGGUCUGGGAAAAUUGUGGUGUUUUGAAUGAGUGGUUGCUCAUAGGAGGUGGUCGUUUCUCAAAGGUGUUCGUGCAUAGAGGUUUGACUCUAUUUACUAAAUACUGUGUGAUAACAAAAACUGUAGGUAGCUCAAAACCUCAGGAAAUUACCCAGCCAGUGAAAUGACCAAGGUCCCUGCAAAGUUUUAUACAAAUUAAACUUAUUUGUUUGUCACCCAAUGGCCAAAGUAAGUUGUCAGGUCAAGCUACUCGGUCUAAAACUUUCUCUCCUAGUAAUAGCCAAUGUAAAAAGUUCCUUAAAAUUUCAAAUGUCUUUUUGUAAAAUCCGAAGAAAUAAAAUUAAUAAUACCACUCAAAUGGUUGCCAAAGAGUCAAGAGAGGGUAAGGAGUGUGUUCCAUAACACCACAGAAUUUUGUCCUCAGAUUUGAAAGGAUGUGACAAUUAAUUAUCCUGCCCUAACUUGGCUUGAGGAUUGAAGUGAUAGACUACUGCCACUUCUAAAAACAAUUUUCAGUUUGUUUAAUUAUUUCUUUUAACAUAAGUUUCAUUAACAUCAGGCUAUCUAGUAUCUGAAUUUCUCAUGCUUCUAGUUUCCUCUAACAGGUUCACAAAUACGUUGGACAUGAGCCAAGUGGGCAAACAUUCAACUACUUACACUUGAAUAAUAAUGGUUAGUUUAUAAUAAUAAUAUAAGUUACAUACAUGUAUUAUGAAUAAAAACAAAAUCAUUUUAUCAUCUCAACUUCCCCUAGUUAACCCUAUUAAAGUGCUUUUAUUUUAAGAACUGCUUUGUAAAUAGGCUGUGCACAAGGCUGUGCUCUAAGGAAAUUGAAGGGGAGCCCAGUGCUCUGAAACUGUAAAAUCUAGGGUGCCCAGUAUAUGAUUUGUAUGAAAAAUCUGAGAUUUGCUAGUCGCCCAAGGGCAAAAGUUAGCGCCAGGGGCCACCGGGCUCUGCUAGAGCACAGCCCUGGUGCAUAUUAUUAUAACCUAGCACAUGAAUAUAUGAUUUGAUUUAUGAAUUUCAUUGAAACAGGGUUUUUGUUUACUUUUUUUUCUUUUCUUUAAUUUCUUAUUCUUAGUUUUGUAUCAUUCUUCAGUAUUUACUCUGUAACCUUUUUGCUUAUGAUAUCCUUUUAAUCAACUUAACAAAGUUUAUUAUUAUCAUAAUGAUAAUUUAUCAUUAAGUGAUAUUAUUAUCAUUACAUUAUCUGACUUCUUUUUGAUCACCCUGAAGGUUGCAAACCUUUGGUUCUCCACUUUGGUAGCAUUUGCUUCAUAAUUUAAUAAAAUUUACUUGUCUACAAAUGACAGUGUAUGCUAAAAAUGAAAAGACUUUCCUGGUUUAAAAUUCCUGUUGCAGAUCGCCCUCACAAUCCAAUGUUAAAUUCUGGUGCCCUUCUUCUGUGUGCACUUCAAAAGGUAUAUAGUAAUUGUAUGUAUUAAAAAUAUAAAUUGAUAUAAAUCGACCUAUAUUAGCGGUAUAGAUAAGAAGAGCUCAUGACAAAUCCAGACUGGAAAACUACUUGCUAGUCGUCCUCAUAGUAACUCCCUGUUAAAACCAAGGAACUUGGAAAAAUUGGCCUUUACAAAGAGGGAAGGGUGGGUGGAGAGCCACAGGAUAAACCUAUUGGAACGCUGGGUUGAGGAAGCAGUCAAAACAAAGAUGUGUCCGCUAGUGGUCACUCAUGUUCUGUGCUCAUUGACAAAACAGCCAACAUUUCGUGAAGCCGCCAUUGGUAACCUCUCAUAAUGACAUCUGAGGAGCGUAGAAAUUCCCUACUGAUGUUGCAUCACUACCCAGAUCUACGUAGGUGGUGUUUCUGAUUGGUUGUGCCACAUGGGAAAUUUCCUUCAGCUUAUCGGAAGUGCUACCCAGAUCUGGGUAAUAAUGCAUCAUCGGUAUGGGAUUUCUGUACUUGUUUCUAAGAUGUAAUUUUGCGGGAAAACCCUUGGUGGCAUCACAAAAUGUCAACAUAUUUUCUCAGGCUACUAUUGACAUUUUCAAUGUGAAACAUUAGGGAACUUGAGCAAAGACGUUAUUGAGCGACGUACAUCAACCGGAAGUGAAGCCUUUUCUUGUUUAACAUGCAUAAACGCUGCCAAAAUUUUACUGCUGAGUGUCCUUUCCUUUAUAAAGAAGAUUUGCUGACAAUUUAGGCAAAACUGCUGCCCAAGGAUGCAAAAAGCCCACUUCCGGUUAACAUGUGUUGCUCAAAAAAUAAUGUCUUUGCUUAAGUUCCCUAUUCACUCUAUCUUUUUUUAAAGCAAUGACAGGGUUUUUGUCACUAAGGGCCAAGGGCUUGGGAUUUCCAACGGCUGUUAUAAGCUUGACCCCCAGCUACAGUAGUUUUAACCCUUUAGCUCGAAGAGUGAUCAACAUCAAUUUUCUCCUAACAACUUUAGCAGGUCAUCAAGAGUAAAGGUUAUGAAAAUUAUUAAAUUGAUUACCGAAGGGAAUUAAAAUGCUUUGAUCUUAAAGCAAAUUCUCUCAACUAUUCUUGAAAGAAAUGUAUGGAGAUCAGUCUGGAGAAUUUGUAUGUGGAUCUUGGGACUGAAAGGGUUUAGGAAAACUAAAGGAAAACAGUAAAGCAGAGACCACAGAACUUUAAAACCAAAGUAAUGCAUGUUAUAUUAAUUUUACUUUAGCAUGUUGAUGUACUAAAGAUUCUUUUACAUAGCCCAAAUUAAGUUCUGAUGUUGGCCUCACAACCUCUUGUACCUCAAAAAAUUAUUCUACUUGCAGCCUGAAUGGCCGUUAGCAGACAGAUGUGAUUAUGUAAGUAUUAUGAAUAUGUAAUUAUUAUGUUUUAUAUUAAAUUGAUGAUAGUUAAAGGUAACAGAACAACUAAAAGUUUUUAAUUCUUUGAAAAUUUCUUUUGCAGGUUCAGAACAAAUUUAAACAGACAGCUGGAGGAGAAUAUGUUGGAUUUAGUAAUGCUACGUGAGUUUGUUGAUGCCAGUUUAUUUAUAAUUUCUAGAUCUCUGCAGGAUCACAAGCCAGGGGGUGGGGGAGUACUGAACAAAUUUUUAUAUGGUGAGGCUUGCAGAGAGGUCCAAUCCCUUACCAUAUUAAAUAGCAUUUUUGACCCCUUCAUAUACAUUCUAUAAUGGAUGAAUGGUGCCCCCUUCACCAACCUAGGUUACAGCUUUGCCUUCCUUAGCUUUCAACUGCUGUAAAUUCACUUUCAUGACAUUAAAAUCUGAGGAAAUCACAAACCAAAAUGUUUUUGCAACUUUUUACAGACUGAAAUGUCAGAUUUCCCUAAUCCUUUCAUGAUGAGAUUACCCCCCUUUCAAAUGCCUGAAGCCUGAGAAGGUUCCCCUUUCAGGUGGAGCCUCCCCAUAUAGGCCAUUAUUGGGAGAAACCUACCAGAUGACAGAACAUAGAAUCAAAAUGUUUCUGUUUGGUUCUAAAGCCACAAAUGUCUCUUUUGUUUAAAAUAAAAAAUAAUAAUUUUAGGGGGGGGGAAACUAGAUUGUGGGAAUCAUGUUAGAAGUUUGCAUGAGGCAGAAGAAUAGUCACAUCAGCCUAAAUUCUCUACACCUUGUGAUUAUUUUUAAUAGAAUAGUUCUUCUACUUUUUAUAUUUCAUAAUGCUCAGCACUUAUUAUGAUUCUGACUCCAUGUGGCUCUGCCUCUAGUGGAAAUCAUAAUUUGAAAUUACAAUAUGCCUUGUUUUGUCUGAGAGCUAGAGUAUAGCAGCCUACUAGCUUGUAAGCUAAUUUUUUAAAAAAUAAUUUCUUGAUUUCAGCUUCCUUUCUGAACGAGAAACUGCAGAUAGAAAUUAUGCCCUGGGCUAUUACAUGAAUGCUCAUAAGGUGAAAUUUAAAGAUUUUAAUACAAAUGUACAAUUCCUUUAUUAUUCAUUAAAGUUACAAUUAUUAUUGCAAAUUAAAUCAGUGGGUAGUGUGUGAUCCAUAUGCAUUCCUCUGUAAACCCCGAUGCGAGGCAACAAGGUUGAACAGUAGAAUAAAGUCUUGAUACAAACACCUGCUCCAGGUCAUUAUUGAUAAAUAUGAUACAGUCUAAUUACUCAUUUGUUUAAUUUCACCAAAAGUAUGAUCAAAUACAAUGGCAUGUAAUUGUGUUAUCGAUCUGUAAUGACUUUCAAAUCUGCAGUACUCGUCACAAAUCUUGAAACACUUGUGUGAUUUUCCCCUUCCCCAAUGUUGAUUAGGGUAUUACAGUCGUCUCACUGCUCCAAAAUACGUGUGGCUCAACAUUGGGGAAGGAGAGGGGCAAAUUAAAGUGAGAAUGAAGGUGUCAGGAGUGAAUGUAAGAAAUUUGGACAAAAUUCAAGACAAAUGGCUCCUGUUUCAACGAUUUGUGACAAGUAUUGUGGCUUGCCUUGAGCUCGCCAUCAUAAAUGCCAACAUCUUCCUUGUAUUUAAAUUAUAAGUUUGUACUGUACUUGCAUAUAGCCUUUUUGCAGUUCAGUGUACUGAAAAGCUCAACCAUAAGGCACUUAAAGUUUUGCAGUUGAUAUGUAAUAUAAUACACUAUUUUAUUCUGUUCAUCCUUAUAACAGGCUUUUCCACCAAACACAAAUCUGAAGGACACUUUUGAACUUUACUUUCACGUGAGUCAUUACAUUUUGAUGUCAAAAAUUCAUUGAAAUUAACUAGUUACAUGUUAACUAUUAUGAUAUUUAUUUACUACUUUAAUUUGAGUGGAGAUGUGUCCCAAAAGAGGGUAUCUAACAGCCAGGGCUUGAGUGUUUUUACAUUUUUAGCCUGUAUCAGGUUCUCAGUGAUAAGAAGGUUAUUUAAAGGGCCAUUCAUUCAUGAUCUGUCUCCUGCUUCCAGGGGGUGGAGGUGGGGUGAGGUAUAUACAUGUACUUUACGAAUUUUUGGUGAGGAUAGGCUACUAGUACCCCACAAACUUCCUAUACCAUACCUAGUUCAGCUGAAUUUUGCUACCCUAUAAAACUAAAUUCUUCAAAUCCUAUGCACCCUCUUUGCAGUUUCAGAAACCACUGAGCUCAACACUUUCUUGCUACAUACUGUAUAAACCAACGAGUUGGAGUUGCACUUUCAGUUUGUAAAUUUAAAUUUGCCAAUAUCAUUUUUUGAGUGUCAGUCCCUGGUUUCUCUGGCUAGUCUUGGCUAAAAUAUUCAACCAUCAAUUUUGUUGUUUGUUUCCUAGAAAAUGAUACCCUUAUUCUAGACCCAGGCUCUCUGAUUUCUGAACCCUAUCUUAGACUAAACUGUUUGAAAACCAUACCCUUCACUGUGUUACAUAACUAUUUAGCCUUAUACAAUGUAAGGGCUGAGUUUUUCACUAAAGUAUGUCAUAUCCUACUUUUUAGACCUGUUCAAUAGAGACAAACUGUGAUGCUGGGAGUGUUAUGGCUGCAACUUUGGCAAAUGGAGGAAUUUGUCCACUGACUGGUCAAAAGGUCACCCCAUAAUAAUGGCAACAAUAUUAUAUUAAUUUUAUAAUUUAUUUCAUGACUGGUUACGUUUGCCUAAAGCAAGUCACCUCAGAUCAAUAUUCUACUGAAAAAAAAAAUCAAAGGAAGUUGCAAAUUUUGCUGCUUGCAAUUUCUUAAAGAAUCACUGAUCAUUUGACAUGCUAAUUAAAAGUAUUCCAUAUACUAGGGUGUAAAAUAAACAUGAAUGACGGUUCCAACAGUUACUGUUUUUCACAACUUUUCUUGAGUGAUCAUGCAUUAGUGAAUAGCUCAGUGAUGUCACGAGCAUGAACAAAAUGCUAUGGUGUUUAUACCAUUCAAAUAAUACCACCAGCAGAACUUUUGCAUAGUAAAUAUUAAAUUCUAACGAUUUUACAAAAAUAUUUUAAAUUUUUGUUACUAGUCUUUUACUUUGGCAACUAUUGGGAAUGAAAAGGUGACAAAUUACUUUGUCUUUUAUAACUUUUCAGGUGUUCAGUUCAAGAACUGUUCAACACACUUUGUCUUUAAUGCAUUCUUGUGGAAUGUAUGAUUACUCAGGACAGUUUGCUUUUCACGUAAGGAUAUCAUCAUCAUCAUUAUUGUUGCUAUUGUUGUUGUUAUUGNCAACUUUGGCAAAUGGAGGAAUUUGUCCACUGACUGGUCAAAAGGUCACCCCAUAAUAAUGGCAACAAUAUUAUAUUAAUUUUAUAAUUUAUUUCAUGACUGGUUACGUUUGCCUAAAGCAAGUCACCUCAGAUCAAUAUUCUACUGAAAAAAAAAAUCAAAGGAAGUUGCAAAUUUUGCUGCUUGCAAUUUCUUAAAGAAUCACUGAUCAUUUGACAUGCUAAUUAAAAGUAUUCCAUAUACUAGGGUGUAAAAUAAACAUGAAUGACGGUUCCAACAGUUACUGUUUUUCACAACUUUUCUUGAGUGAUCAUGCAUUAGUGAAUAGCUCAGUGAUGUCACGAGCAUGAACAAAAUGCUAUGGUGUUUAUACCAUUCAAAUAAUACCACCAGCAGAACUUUUGCAUAGUAAAUAUUAAAUUCUAACAAUUUUACAAAAGUAUUUUAAAUUUUUGUUACUAGUCUUUUACUUUGGCAACUAUUGGGAAUGAAAAGGUGACAAAUUACUUUGUCUUUUAUAACUUUUCAGGUGUUCAGUUCAAGAACUGUUCAACACACUUUGUCUUUAAUGCAUUCUUGUGGAAUGUAUGAUUACUCAGGACAGUUUGCUUUUCACGUAAGGAUAUCAUCAUCAUCAUUAUUGUUGCUAUUGUUGUUGUUAUUGUUAUAUUUCUCCAACUAAUCUUCCUACAUUUCUUAAUUUGUUAAAAUAUCAAUUGGAAGCAUUUUUUUCCUUUGCUUCUAUUUUACUAAUUUUCACAAUCUUGUUAUGUAUUGAUAUUGUGAGAGAAAAAAAUGAUGUUGGACGUUCUUUGCACCAUGCAAACAGUAGCUUAUUAACACUUCAUUAACCCUUUACACCCCAGCAGUGUAUCUCCAGACCAAUCUCUAUACAAUUCCGUAAAGAGUUAGGUUUGAGACUUUUUUUUAAAGAUCAAAUCAUUUUCCCCUCUGAUGAUCAUUUUGUUAAUUCUCAUAACCAUUAAUAUUUCUUUUAAUUCAGUAAAGGAGAAAAUCGAUUGCGGACACUCUUAAGACUUUUAGACAGGGUUAAUUGAAAGGGGCUGUGUCACGAGGAAAUUGCUGUUUUGCAGGUCAAUUUUGUGCUAAGGUCAUUACCAUAAUGCCUUUACCCAUUCACAAAAUUCUCCUGUAGAGUUUGUUAUGAAGAGGAUAUCAAAGAAAUCUCAUCAGGGAGCACUAUCCUUAAUAAAUUUUGGUGACGUGUUGGCCCAAUUUUUUCAGGCUUCAAUCCAUGUCUAUCCUUGCCAUUAUUAUCAUUACCUAUCCUUGAUAUAAAAUUCCCUGUUCGGCUAUUUUAUAAACUCAUAAAUAAUAUCACAAACCCAGAGAGCUUGAAUGAGUUAAUCUCAUUAUGAGAAACAACAUAUGCCUUGAGAGGAAAGGACAUUUUAAAAGUGCCAAAGGUUAACAUAACAUGCUUUGGGCUCAAUUCCUGGCGGUAUCAGGUGCCCAAGAUCUGGAACAGCUUGCCUGAUGUCGUAAGAGCAUCGUCUGAUUUUAAAACGUUCAAAAAACUGUUAGAAAAUGAGUCAUUAUUUUAGUAUCGAUGAAUCACCUUUUUAAUAAAUUUUGUAUAUAAUUUUCUUAAUAAUAUUAAAUAUUUUAAAUUGUACAUAGUUUUUCAGUAUUGUUUUAAUCAUUUUUCAAGGAACUAUUAUGUUUCAUUUACAGUGGUAUACCUGUGAAUUAGUUGGUGAAGUUUUCUCUUUUAACCAACCCACAUAGCUAAGAGUAUGUGCCACUUAAAGUAAAGCAUCUUAUCUUAUCUUAUCAUUUGUAGAAACAGAUCGACAGGAAACAGUUUUAAUACCCAAAUGUAGCCUCACACACUGAACCAGGACCAUUUUUGGGGGGGAAUUGAAUUGAUGUAAAGACAUUUUUAGCUUUUUUAAAAAAAUAGUGACUAGCAUGACAAAGCCUCUUUAAGACCUUAUAUUCAACAUACACUAAGCUGCUGGUACUAAUUCUUUGUACUCAUCCAGGUGGGCUUACCAGCCAAAUCAGGAGUGAGCGGUGCAAUUUUGAUUGUUGUCCCCAAAGUGUGUGGCAUGAUGAUCUGGUCACCUCCACUUGAUCCACUGGGUAACAGUGUCAGAGGAAUGCAAUUUUGUAAGGUAAAUGCCGCCUAGUAUUUAAAUUGCCUGUGGGGGGAAAUCUCUAUUCCUCAUAAGCUUUGCUUCUCAGAGAUUUCCCCACCACAGUCACUCCUUCCAAGUUGUGUGCUAAUUUUAAAUUUAAUAUUAAUUAACUAUUUAUUAUCUUUUCUAUUUUACUUGUAAUUUAUUCUGUGUGGCAGUAUAAUAAAAUAAAAUAAAAUAAGGCAAUUUAAAAAAAAUGGUUUGUAUUUCAUGACGAAAUACAAAUAAUGAAUCAAUUUAAUUAUAUAUUUAUGUUUAAUCUUGGGUUUAAAUCUAACAAAACAUGGCCAAUUAUUUUCUUGCCUAAAACCAAUUAAAUGUAUUGUUGACAUCUUUGACAGGAACUUGUAAAGGUGUUUAAUUUUCACAAAUAUGAUUUGAAGGGUGCUAUAUCAGGUAGAAAAAUUGAUCCUCGCUGGAAACGUGCAGAGGUCCAGGUGAGAGUAAAUACUUAUUGAUGUUUUAUAGUUUCAGGUGGUUCCAUUUCUUUUAUAUUCAUCACUUUGUUUCUGUCACAUUCAAAUAAGCUCUUUGUGCUCUUAUAAUAGAUAUUUAAUUAUUAUCAACAUAGAUAAAUAUAAGACAUAUUAGAGUCUACAAUUUAUAAAAGCAUUUGGUACAACAUUUUUUUACAAGGGAGAAAAAGUUGUUUCCCUGUUCUUUGCGGCAAGCAAUGGAGAUGUGACAGCUUUAAGAAGGUGUGUAUAUUAAAUUUGCAACUGCAAAUUAUUUAGAAUGAUUUAUGCAUAAUCAUCUAUAAUGUAUAUUUCUAAGUUCAGGUACAUGAGCUCAUUGUUUAGUAAGAUCCAUAACUAUUAAUUGUAAUAUUAUCCCGCUAGCAAUGCAAGCUCAAGUUCAUGGCCAAGCUUGGGAUCCUUAACAAACUUGUUUAAUUCGCAGUUGUGGCCUCAUCGCAAGCAGAGUAUAGUGAUCAAAAUUAGUUUUUCCUUAACUUUUGUAUAGUUUGUCUUUGUGUCAACAUUGAUUUUUUGGUGGACACUUGACUCUCACUAAUACUUGCGCUAACCUCAUUCCCAGAGUUCUCUCCUACCCGCCCUACGGAGCUCCGUAGGGCGGGUAGGAGAGAACCCUGGGAAUGAGGUUGUGCUUGCACUUCGGCUUGCAUUAUAUUUAUAAUAUAUAUUAUCAAACCUUCCAAUAUUUCAGGUAUUAUUUAUCUGGUAAGGACAUGACACAACAGAAUUAUGAUGGACGGACAGCUUUACAUGUUGCAGCAGCUCAAGGUAAGAAAACUUUCUAAGGUUUAAAGGGUUGGAAAUUUGAAAAGUAGUUUGAGAUUAGACAUUAACAUUGUGAGAGACAUUUUUCUUGUGUUGAUCAGUUGUCAAUCUCCUUUGUUUUUCUACCAAUAUUGAAAGCAGAAGAGACUAAAAAUUCUGAAACAAGCCUGCAACAGCCCUAGCAUACACUGUAGACAAAACUAAACCUCUACCUGAUAAAGUCCACCUGAGAACCUGUGCCAAAAACCUUCUUCUGUUUUCCAACGUGUGUGCCAGUCAUUGUUAAUUUGCCAAUUAAAUUGGGGGAAAAUUGAGACAUGUUUUUGUUAAUUUGUUUAGUCCGUUAGAGCCCAGAACAAGGAUCCCUAACCUGAACUGGGCAUUGACCUUUUUUAGCUUAAUUGAGAGUGAUUUCUUUCAAAAUGUGAGAUCAAGCAAUUAUUUAUUUAGCCACUUUUGAAAAAGGAUCUACGUGUAUGAACAUGAUAAACUUAAUCUAUAAAUAUUAGGGAAAAUCUCAAUGACAAAACUCAGAACAGACAAGAUCAACUGGAGAGCUGAUAUAAAACUAACUAACUAAAUAAAAAUAACUAAAUGAUUAAUAAUUAAAUGACCUGUAAUUGACCAGCUGACUUCAGGCUUACACACAAAAGUUGAGGGCUGUCACUAAGAUUUCAAGUUCCCGCAUAAAUAUAACAUGAAGGCAGGGAAUCAAACAGCUAGGGAUUUCUUUUGUUGAAAGUAGCUGGGGGCCACACAUUCUUAGUAGCCAGGGAAAGGCCCCCACCUCUUAAUGACAGCCCUGAAAGUUACUUCCUCAGUCCCCUUCCCCUUUGUUAACCUGCCUGUUCAUCUAUUUGUGUUUGGUUCAAAUGUCACUCACUGCACAUUGAUAAUAUUAAAGAAUAAGUAAUCUAUUUAUUUUAAAAAAAUUGUCCGUGAUGAAAUCACAUCUUGAAAAAUUAAAAUUCCUAAAGGCUCUGUUAAUAAUGAUUCAUGUUCCUUCCUGGCUUAACACCAUCACUAUCACCAACAAGAAAUACAUGUCACUGUAUCCUCUUAUAGCUGUAGGUUUUGUAUUUUAGCUGCUUUUACAUGUUAUAUUUUGAUCUAUCUCCUUUUGGGCUACAAGGUCAUGACAGAGUGGUCAGAUUUCUGCUUGAGCAGUGCAAUGUUCCAGUUGAUCCAAAAGACAGGUAACUGUAAUGUUUGUAAACUAAAUUCUUUUUAGGUUAGUCCAUUCUUGGCCAAUAUUAAGGAUUGCAUACAUUGUAAAACAGCAAUAAUAUUAUGAUUCAUUCAAAAUAUUUCUCUGUUUCUGUUGGCCUAAAUUGUCAUAACCACAGCAACCUUUGACCAAAUUUGAAAGAUUGAUGAGUCACUUUUACCAUUCAUUGUUAAGAAAAAGGGACAGCAGAGUGCUCGGUUAGCCCAGCUGUGUUAGCUGGAGAAAAUGGCAGAAAAUUUCACACUUUGUUUGAAGCAGUAGUGGCUGUUGUGAAUUAAAUCGGUUGCCAAUUGCAGUGUGUACUCUAAGUGUCCCCUUUACAGAAUUUCUCAUUGUGAUAUUUGACUUUUCUUUACACUGAAUUAAUCUAUAUAUUUAAAUGCUUGUAACCCAUGUUAAAGAGAAAAUGGAGCAACCCAAUUUCAAUGCAUCAGUAAAGUUGAAUUGUUAGAAAACUUAGUAAUGAGUUCACCAGAGCCGUGAACUGACGACAGUAAUACCCAAACCAUAGCCUAAAACUAUUAAUAGCAGAACUGUAAUAGCUGAACAGCAUUAAUACCACUUAACGGAUUACAACUGCGAUUUGAAAACAAACCUUGUUAUGCUGAAUUUGCCAAGUUGUAAUGAUGGGAACUUUAUGUCAAUCAAUGUAUUAAUAUGUUUCAGUGAAGAUGGAAAUAUUUUGAAUGAAUUAUUAAACAAUAUUAAUUUUAGAUUUGGCUUUCAUAUGAAAUAAGUAAUUUAUAGUUUAUAAUGCAUAGGAGAUCUGCAUGAUUUUUAUACACAAUGUACUCAAUGUCUUCUCAUUAGCUGAUAAAGAGCUUACGGUUAAAUUUUGGAAAUCAGGACAACCUUUUGAUUUGUUAGUUAUCAGCUAGCACAUUCAUUUGAACGAGCUGGAACAGGCAGCUUGAAAAAAAUUCUAAGAUUUUUUUAAUUACACAUUAGAUAAAAAGAACCCUUACACAGUAUUAGGAGACUGCAGUGUCAAAUAAAUUUGUUUAUCUGUUAUCAAUUAAUUAUUACAGAUGGGGCUCCACACCACUUGAUGAAGCAACAAGGUUUAAUUACCAGUCCUGUGCAGACUUGAUAAGACACCAUCUUCAAUUACAAGGAAAAGUGAUUGCUUGAUUGAAAUAUAUUAUCAAACCUUCCAAUAUUUCAGGUAUUAUUUAUCUGGUAAGGACAUGACACAACAGAAUUAUGAUGGACGGACAGCUUUACAUGUUGCAGCAGCUCAAGGUAAGAAAACUUUCUAAGGUUUAAACGGCUGGAAAUUUGAAAAGUAGUUUGAGAUUAGACAUCAACAUUGUGAGAGACAUUUUUCUUGUGUUUGUCAAUUGUCGAACUCCUUUGUUUUUCUACCAAUAUUGAAAGCAGAAGAGACUAAAUAUUCUGAAACAAGCCUGCAACAGCCCUAGCAUACACUGCAGACAAAACUAAACCCCUAUCUAGUAAAAUCCAUCUGAGAACCAGCACCAAAAACCUUGUUCUGUUUUCCAACUUGUGUGCCAGACAUAAUAGUUAAUUUGCCAAUCAAAUUGAGGGGAAAAUCGAGACAUAUUUUUGGUAAUUUGUUUAGUUCUUUAGAGCCCAGAACAAGGAUCUUGGCAUUGCUUCACAAUUUACUAUUCCCGGGGUUACAUUACAUCAGCGACGUAGACUAGCAACACCCCCUGCCCCAGCCGCCAUUAAUGACAGCAUUGACUCUCUCAAGGCUCGUGCAAAUGGCACAACAUUGUUGGAUGUUACAUGUUGCAUCCGUUUGCACACCCUACUGCAUGUUGUUGGAGGUUAUUGCGUGUUCUUGCACAAAGUUUGAAAUGAGUCAAGCGUUUAGCUUUGUGCAAAUGGACACAACAACUCCCAACAUAUCUUGCCCCAACAAUGCUGGGAGUUGUUGCGUCCAUUUGCGCGUAGCUUUACAGUGUAUGUCAAGUGUUUUGGGCACCAUACAAAUACUCCCUUAAAAGAAAAUUUAUUUUCACAAUGAUUACGCCAUAGGAUUUUGUCCACAGACUCAAAAAUUUUACGUCUUAACAAGUGGGGCUUAAUAAAGGUUGGUUAAUAGUACCAGGGGUUUAGUGUGACCAGAACUGGAAGUUGACUUUUUUAAGCUUAAUUGAGAGUGAUUCUUUCAAAAUGGCAAGAUCAAGCAAUUUAUUUAGCCACUUUUGAAAAAAGAUCUACAUGUAUGAAUUAGUAGCCGAGGAAAAGGCCCUCGCCUCUUAAUGACAGCCCUGAAAGUUACUUCCUCAGUCCCCUUUCCCUUUGUUAACCUGCCUGUUCAUCUAUUUGUGUUUGCUUUGUCACUCACUGUACAUUGAUGAUAAAAAUAAGUAAUCUAUUAAAUUUUAGUUUAAAAAAUUGUGCAUGAUGAAAUUACAUUGUGAAAAAUUAAAAUUCCUGAAGGCUCUGUUAAUAAUGAUUCACGUUCCUUCCUGGCUUAACACCAUCACUAUCACCAACAAGAUAUACAUGUCGCUGUAUCCUGUUAUAGCUAUAGGUUUUGUAUUUUAGCUGCUUUAUAUUUUGAUCUAUCCCCUUUUGGGCUACUAGGUCAUGACAGGGUAGUCAGAUUUCUGCUUGAGCAGUGCAAUGUUCCAGUUGAUCCAAAAGACAGGUAACUAUAAUGUUUGUAAACUAAAUUCUCGUAGAAGGUUAGUCCAUUCUUGGUCAAUAUUAAGAAUAUUUCUCUGUUUCUGUUGGCCUAAAUUGUCAUUUAUAACCACAACGACCUUUCACCAAAUUUGGAAGAAAUAUGAGUCACUUUUACGGUUCAUUGUUAAAGAAGAGGGAUAGCAGAAUGCUCGGUUAGCUCAGCUGUGUUAGAGCCAUUUUCGUUUGACCUUGAAAUGAAAACGCGCAAACAAAUAGAAACAACAAACAAACGGAAAUGAAGCGAUUUGAUUGGUUUAUUGAACGGAUACAAACACGCGUGGCUUUUGGUUGGUUAAGGGAAUGCUCGACUGAAAAAACUUCAUGCCUGAAGAACUUUCUAGAAAUCAAUCUACGCUUUGCUUUGACGUCAUACUGCAACACGAUUGGCCAAUCGAACAAUGCCUUCCCCAUAUGAGGGUUUUCUUUGGCGGGAAAACGAAGAGUCUAUGUUUUGAUCUUUUCAUCCAUUGGCUGAUGAAACAAAUAACGAACACUGACCGAAACCAUUUUUCAAGGUCAUACGAAAAUCGCUCUAGCUGGAGAAAAUGGGGGAAAAGUUCACACUUUUUUUGAAGCAGUAAUACCCAUUAUGAAUUAAAUCGGCUGCCAAUAGCAACUUGUCCCCUAAGUGUGCCCCUUCAGAGAAUUUCUCAUGGCGAUAUUUGACUUUUCUUUUUACCGAAUCAAUCUAUAUAUUUAAAUGCUUGUAACCCAUGUUGAAGAGAAAAUGGAGCAACCCAAUUUCAAUGUGUCGACAAAGUUGAAUUGUUAGAAAACUUAGUAAUGAGUUUACCAGAGCCAUGAACUGACGACAAUAAUACCCAAACCACAGCCUAAAACUAUUAGUAGCAGAACUGUAAUAACUGAACAGCAAAAAUACCGCUUAACAGGUUACAACUGCGAUUUGAAAACAUACCUUGUCAUGCUGAAUUUGCCAAGUUGUGAUCGAUGAUGAUAGGAACUUUAUGUCAAUCAAUGUAUCAGUAUGUUUCAGUGAAGGUGGAAAUAUUUUGAAUGAAUUAUUAAACAUUAUUAAUUUUGGAUUUGGCUUUCAUAUGAAAUAAGGAAUUUAUAGUUUAUAAUGCGUAGGAGAUUUGCAUGAUUUUUAUACACAAUGUACUGAAUGUCUUCUCGUUAGCUAAUAAAGAGCUUACAGUUAAAUUUUGGAAAUCAGGACAACCUUUUGAUUUGUUAGUUAUCAGCUAGCACAUUCAUUUGAACAAGCUGGAACAAGCAGCUUGACAAAAAUUCUAAGAUUUUUUUAAUUACACAUUAGAUAAAAAGAAAUCUUACACAGUAUUAGGAGACCGCAGUGUCAAAUAAACUUGUUUAUUCUGUUAUCAAUUAAUUAUUACAGAUGGGGCUCCACACCACUUGAUGAAGCAACAAGGUUUAAUUACCAGUCCUGUGCAGACUUGAUAAGACACCAUCUUCAAUUACAAGGAAAAGUGAUUGCUUGA